GCAAUCAUUUCUCGACUACACAAUACAAUAGAACAUAGUGCCUCUGAACGGUCUUCAGAAUCGUUUAUAUCCACACGAUAGGGGUGAACUUGAAACUUAUACUGAAACCCCUUCAAACUUGCAUUACUAAAUCUCAAUCGGUCUUUGUAAUCGGUCGAGUGCGGAUGAUAUCCUCGAAAACGUUUCAAUUUAGUUCUUGAUAAAUAGAAUAGAAAAAGAAAAUAAUAUUUGUCGUUAAAAUCUUAUUUCUUCGAGAAAGAAAAUCCCUUAAACGUACAAACCUCUUUACAAAAACAUCAACCCAUUAAAAUCAACCAAAAAAUGCAUACAGACGGUGGCGGCUCUAAGGUAUCGGGGUUUGUCAGCCUGUUUGUUGUUCAAAUAGCGUUACUGCUUUUAUUUUGGAUUUAUGUGCGCUACCAUGAUGGAGCUCUUCCAAUGGAAAAAGAUGCUUCUGCGUCUAUAGCUGGAGCUUCUGCUGAUGGAACAAGUGAAGACGAUGGAUUAGCUGAAGGACACGUUUCCAAGUACCCUCAAUUCCAGGAUAUCCAUGUGAUGAUUUUCAUCGGAUUUGCCUUCCUAAUGACGUUCCUUCGGAAGUACGGUUAUAGCGCAACUGGUUACACACUAUUGCUAGCCGCACUCAUUGUGCAAUGGGCAAUUCUGGUUAAAGGUUUCUUCCGCAUGGAGUCCGGUCACAUAAGCUUAUCCCUGGGGAGUAUAAUUGAUGCAGACAUCGCUGCUGCUGUACCGUUGAUUAGUAUGGGCGCCCUUUUGGGCCGAACAACCCCCAUACAGUUGCUCUUUAUGGCACUGUUUGAAGUUGCACUCUUUGCCGUGAACGAGUUCAUCCAGUUGGACAUGCUAAGCAUAGCCGAUGUCGGAGGAUCCAUUACAGUUCAUGCCUUCGGUGCAUACUUUGGGCUUGCCGUCAGCCUGAUGCUACGACCUAGCAGGGACCAAAAUGAUGCUGGCCGAAACGAGGGAGCCAAUUACACGUCGGAUAUUUUCGCCAUGAUUGGGACACUCUUCCUGUGGGUGUAUUGGCCAAGCUUUAAUUCGGUGCUGGCCGUCGGUGCUGGUGCCCCAGAGCGUGCUAUUCUAAACACGUAUUUGUCAUUAGCAGGUGCAACAGUUACUACAUUUGUCCUAUCCGCACUUGUCAGCCAUGAAAACAAAUUGGACAUGGUGCACGUACAAAAUUCGACACUAGCCGGAGGUGUUGCUGUUGGUUCUGUUUGUAAUUUACUAAUUGGGCCUCAUGGUGCUUUAUUGAUUGGAAUUCUUUCUGGUGUUGUUUCAGUAUUUGGAUAUCGAUACUUGUCGCCGGCAAUCACAGAUAAAUUACGUCUACACGAUACUUGUGGGGUUCAUAAUUUGCACGGAAUGCCAGCGGUUUUAUCGGCCAUAGCUUCAGCUAUUUAUGCUUCUAUGGUAACACAAGAUGCAUAUAAAACUUCUAUGGCUGAGAUAUUUCCAGCAAUGGCUGAUGCAAGUAAAAUGAAUGGAAAUUCAAGUGAACCAUUAGGGGGUUAUGGAAGAACUGCACUUCAACAAGGAGGUUAUCAGUUGUUGGGUAUUGGAGUGACAGUAAUUAUAGCAAUUGUUGGAGGAUUAUUAACAGGUGUUUUAUUGAAGGCAAUUAGUUUUAAGAAAAUCGAUAAGGAACAUCAGCAUCUUGAUGAAGUCUUCUGGGAAGUACCAACAGAUGUCAAAGAACAAUAUAUCAUUGAGGAUAUUAAAGGUUUGGAGAAAAAAAGAAACAACUUAAAAAUACUCUCAACAAAACUAAGGGCAACAUUGUGGCGGCAGUCAAAAGUUGCACAAAGUGCCUAUUUCAAUGGGUUUUAAAUUAAUUUGAUAGAAUUUAUUUUAAAUUUAUUGGUUGUUCUUAAUAUGAUUGAAAUUAAUUUAUAUUAAAAUAAAUCCGUAUUU